CCGAUGUUAAACAAUAAACGUCGAUCAUAUUAUCCUGACCGGGUAUAUCUGGAGUGGACGCACUGAAAUCUCGAUCAGAAAUUCAUAAAAGCUGCUGUCGGUUUUCGUUAUCGUUUAGUCGUCGGUCGCACUUGUGUCUCACCUUGUGAGAAUUUCCGCGAACAAGGUAUCGACGAUUUUCGGUAGAACUUAUCGAUUGUCAUCAAAUUUUGCACGAUUGACAUUUUCGAAUAAAUCAUGAAUACGUUACCAAUAGUGUCUAAUAGAAUAAACGCAUAGAGUGAAAUCCGUUAAAAACAUGUUUAUUUUGUGGAAUACCAUGUCGGUUAACAAACUGUUUGUCCUCGAAGAAGACUUCGAGGUUCUUCUGGAAAACAUAAGGCUGAUUUUUCAAGUUCUGAUUUGGCCGAUAGUAAUAACCGGUCUGAUCAGCAACGCCGCGGUGCUGGUGCGAAUAAUUUUGGCUCCGAGCGGAAAAUUUUCAAUGCUGAAGCCAUUCUACCGGUGCGCUUUGCUGUCGUUCGCCAUUUCCGAUUUGAUGCUGUUGAUUUCUUCGGGCUCCAACACACUGACGAUGGUGAGCCAACGAACGACGUUGCUGUGGAAAUUGCCCGACUGGUCGUGCAGUGCUGUACCCUUUUUUCAAACCGUGGCGAUUUUUAUCGGCUCGUUGACACUGGCUGGGAUAGCCAUAGAUCGAUACAGGGCUCUGACGCCGAGAUAUCCUCCGGACGACGGUCAUAAAUGGCCGUAUGCCAUAUUAUUUAACAUGCUCAUUUGGCUCAUCGCCAUGGCAGCCUCGUACCCGAUAUUGGGAAUGUACGAGAUCGACUCGCUUAUCGUCAUUAGACCGGACUCGACGGUUUACGAGGGACGGAUAUGCUCAACGAACCAAGCGCACGCAGCUCUCGUUUACACAGCGCUGUUCGUCACAAUAUUCAUUCCCCUUGCGCUGAUUUUCGUAACAGUGCAUGUGCUUCUGGCGCUAAACAUUUGGCGCCGCCAAGAGCAGAGCAACAAGUCCCAGCUCUCUUCUGGAAACGAUUCGCAAUCCACGGAAUUUUCAACAGUUUCGAGCAACGCUCAGCGACGGAAAACGCCUCACCCGCAACGAUGCAUGACGUCCAACCACAUGAGACGCAAGAAAAGGACGGUAAACGUCAUCCUCGUUCUGAUCUUUGUCUUUCUCGUGGGGCGACUCCCGGUGUGGAUAUUUCUCGUGUACAAACUGCACACAAAGUUGAGCGGGACCUUGUGGCCGCACCUACAGGUUGUCUUCACCGCUCUGACAUUCGUAAACGCUGCCCUCGACCCCUUCCUCUACGCGUUUCUGUGCGAAGCUCUAUCGUUGCUUACCUUUUUGCAAACUUGCACUACCAAGAAACAAGCCGACGUGACGCCAUACGAUGACGAGAGGAAAGUCGCCGUUGACAUAAAUCCUGCCAUUGUUCCUCGAGGACCUUAUUCAUUCUGACAGACCACUAUAUAUAUAUAUAUAUAGCGUCGUUUACUUGGAUUUUUUUACACAAGGAUUUAAUAACUUUGCAUUAUUAGUAUAUAGUAAUGUGAAAAUUAAUAAAAGUUGACGUAA